GCACUGACCAUUCACCCGUCCCUGGUUCUCUUCUAGAACGUCACAGUUGAAUGCACCACAUAUCUGCCACGACCGAGCGAUAGCACAGCACAAUUACACCGAUCGCAUCCUAUCGUCAGCAUGCCUCCCAAACGUCGAUCCACCGCGCCGCGCAGCGCCGGCCCACAGCGCACCAAUUCGCAACAGCAGACACUCUCUUUCCACGGCAAGAACAACAAGGGCAACAAAGUCACCAAAGCGCAAUCGCCUCGAGCAGCGAAAUCGAGCAAGAAGGACCCCGCAUUACUAGAAGAUCUUGUUGCGCCUGAAGCGCAGGAUGUCAAAGUCGAGGACCCGGAACCGGAACUUGCAGAACCUACAACAGCGGAAAAGGCUAUCCAGCAGCAAGCGGAGAAAGAAGCAGACGCUCUUGACACAGUCGCUUCCAAGACCUCAGACGUUCUCGGCGGAGUCGCCUCAGAGUCUUCACUUGGAGCUACCAGCGGGACCAACAAUGACGGCUGGCUGGGAGACGAAGAGACUCGAGCGCGCAAGAUCCCGCAGACGCAGAUCAAUCGGUACUGGAGAGCAAAAGAGCAAGAGCGCAAGGCACCGAGAGUACAUCAGGAAGAUCUGAGUUUGCAUGAGAAGAUUCUACGAGAGUGGGACAUGCAGAGUCACUACGGGCCUUGUAUUGGCAUCGCGAGGCUGAAGAGGUGGAAGAGGGCAAACAUGCUGGGCUUGGAGCCACCGAUUGAGGUUCUGGCUGUGCUGUUGAAGGAGAUGGAUGGCGGGGUCACAAAGAGCCAGCGUGCGCAUGUGGAUGAGCUGAUGAGCUCAAGGUUCAUUGAGACGUAGUGGGGAGAGCGAUGGUGCAAUCUGGGGAAGAGGGUCUUAUGCAGAUCUGUUGCUUUGGGCAUUAUGAAGUGAAGGUGGAGUUCAGGUCGCUGGGUCUGGCGUUGCAUAGCAAGGAUGUCUACACGUCUCGCAUGGUCGAAUGAUUUGAGCGUAACAGUAGCUCACAAUGGAAAGUCCUUGAAGUCCAUCAAGG